AUGGUCAACGAGGGCGCCGACGCGAGCAAGGAGAGCUCGUUCGUCGAGACAGCCCUCGCGGCUCAUGGCCCGAAAGGUUUGGCCAAGCCUCACAACGAUGAUGUCAAAGCAGAGGCUCCGAGGCCGUACAAGUGUCCCAUCUGCGCCAGGGGGUUCUAUCGACUCGAGCAUCAGACUCGGCACAUCCGAACCCAUACCGGCGAACGACCCCACGCUUGCGUUUUCCCCGGAUGCGAGAAACGGUUCUCUCGCUCAGACGAGCUGACACGACAUGCGAGAAUCCACCUGAAUCAUCAUGCCGGAGGCAAAGCUAAUGGCUCAAGCCGCAAGAGCAAAGCGCGAAAGACCGCUCCCAUCGCGCAAAGUCGACCAAAACCUGUCGUCAGAGACGAUAGCUCUCAGAACGACGAUGAGGAUGACGAAGAAGAAGACGAGAUGCGCGAUCCGGUAGUACUUGUCCAUCAACAGGAAAACGCUCGUCCCUACACCCGCAUAUCUCAGCCUCUUCAGCCUGUCAGCAUGCAGGGGCAGCUCGAUCCGUAUGGUAGGCCAAUUGUGACCCAUCAUGGCAUCGAAUCGACCGCCCUACCGAGAGCACCUUCUCAGCAGCACAGCAUACAGCCAUUGGCUGCUCUGGCCAGUGCUGCCAGUCUAGAAUUAGACCGCGAGCGUCGCUCAGAGGAUCAGCGUCGGCACCACCUUGAUGUCUGGGAGCGUCGAAGCUUACCUGGCAGUGGCACUCACACGCCGCUCUGGCAGCAGGCUCAAUUCGGCUCCGUGCCGCAUCCUUCGGUACUUCAUCAGAGGCUAGCAGGCGUAGACAUGGUAUCUGACGCUAGCCGCGGCUCGCAUGUCAAGCCACGACGACGCUCGAGCCACCAUCCUCAUUUUGCGGCAGAUGUCAACGGAGGCGAGGCCAGCCAACAUCCGCACGACCUCCAGCAUGCUGGCGCGGCCCACCAUAUGUUCAGACAACAUAGACACUACGCUCCCUAUCCUUCGUCUGCCAAUACAUCUCGCGCGACCUCGCCCGUCGACGAGGAUCCUCGCUCGCCCGAGCUAUCUCCUUUCGACGAGGAGCACGGCGAUCAACAGGCACACAUGCUUGCGCCUUUUGGCGGUCUCUCCUUGCUACACGGUCAUACUCAUUCGGGCACUCAUUCGCCGACCUCCGCGAGCCGCGACUCGAGCAGACCAGUCUCGCCAGGUCAUUCCGCUCGAGCUUCAGGUUUCAGAUCAGCAGAAAGUCAUCCGAGCAGUCUCUCGACCACCCCGGACGACAAUGACCCAUACUCGCAUCAUGCUGCCGCUUCGCGACAGCAGCAAUUUAGAGAGCAUCAACAGCUCGCCCGGCAAAACAGGCCACACCCUUAUAGCUCCUCGCGGACAGUCUCUGUGCCUAGUAGCGGGCAGGUCUCGCCAACGCACGAGCUCCAGAAGAAUUAUAGCAAUGGCGAUCUGUACCAUUACAACUCUACAUUUUCUUCCCGACCUACAACGCCAAGCCACUCUUACGACGCCAAGUCGGCUGCGAUGGCCAGAGGGGAAGACAGCAACGAGCUCGUGCCUCGACUAACGUCCGAUGAUAGAAAGCUGCCGCCGCUGUCGAGCAUUCCGCGAGGGAGCUUCUCGACGAGCUCAUACUUCCAAGGACCGCUUACCAAAGGAUCCAGUACGGCCUCUGCGCCUUCUUCGAGGCAGCAUUCUCCGACGACAUCACCCCGCCAGAUGGGCUCGGCCAGCAGUGACAGCUUAACCGGUCUCGUCCGUCCUUUGAUCGGCACACAACAAACAGACAGCGCAAGUAGAUCCGGUUCGCACCGAUCGUUCGGUGCUGAAUUUGUGAUGACGCCGAUCAAGUCGCGCUCAGAAUCGUCGAGCAUGAACGUGUCGCAGUCGAUCAGACUGCCCUCGGUGUCUGCCAUGCUAUCUCAAGCGCAGCUACAAGGAGGACUCUCGCCGACCUCGAUAGGACCAGCGACGACGUCUCGAGGUCCAUCGCCUGCUGAUAGCCAAUCGCCCAUGUUUGACAUGGACGAGGCUGAGCGCGAUCCCGUGCCACCCCUGCAAUUGCCCGGCGUGCUUGCUCUGCAAUCUUGA